GUGUCCCAACAGCCGUGCGGGUGGACGCUUGUUUGGCGCUGUUUGUCAUCUUCUUGAUUACUCUCCCUACUUCUCGAUUCUCUUGUUCAAGGGCAUCUGAGGGUGUACAUUCCACUCCAUGGCCACGGACAUGAAAUAAUAAAUUACGAUGCAAUUAAUUUUAGAAACUGAAGCUUCUGUAGACUUCAAAACAAAGAUGUCUCUUACUGACAAUGUUGAAAAGGCUGUAUCGGACAUUCUGAUUGGUGUCCAAAACGGAGACAUUCCCAAUGGAGAUGCUACAACAGAGGACAAUGGAGCAGCCGAAGAAACAGGUAAUAAUGAUCUGCAAAAGAUAGAACAACUGAAUAAGGCCGCACCUAUUGACACAGAUAAUGUUUUACAACAGAAUGGUGAUACUACCGUCAGCGAAAAUAACAUAGCUACUUCAAACGAUUGUAAUACCACAGAUAUUCCCAAUGAAAACAAUUCCUUCAAUAAAGAAGCGGUUGAAAAUAUUGAAGAGCUUGCGCAGCCUCUUGCUGAAAAUGAUAUUCAAUGUGAAAAUACUACUGUUGAGGAAACCCAUAUAGAGCAUGAUAGUGAUAGUAAAUCUAAUGAAACUGAGGCUAAUUGCGACGGUCCUGCAAAUGGCCAAAAUGAAGACAUGAGUGAAAUUAACAUGAAUGCAACAGAACCUGUUGACACGGUCUGCAAUAAUACUGAAACGGAAGCGACAAAUAUUGAAGCAAGUCGUGACGAUGUCAGUAAUAAAACUAGCCAUCCUUGUCCUAUUGAGAAUAUUAAACAAGAAAUUACUGAGAAUACCGAAUCUGUUACAGAGGAGUCUAGCAAUAAUGUUGAUUCAAAUAUUAAUCUUCAUGAAAAAGUUAAUAUUAAACAAGAGGAUGAAGAAACAUCAAUUUGUGAUGACAUGAAUACGGACGUAUGUGAAGACAGUCUCAUAAAAAAAGAAAUAGAAGAAACCAGUAGUCAAGAAAAUAAUUUGGAAUUAAAUUCCAUUUCUCAUAAAACAACUGAUGUGCCUACGCAAGCGGAAUCGGUUGACAGUAAAAUAAAAAAAGAAAUAGAAGAAACUAGUACCCAAGAAAAUAAUUCGGAAUUAAAUUCCAUUUCUGAUAAAACAACUGAUGUGCCUGCGCAAGCAGAAUCGGAUGGCAGUGACAUAAAAUUACCUAAGACCAAGCCAGAAAUACCAGAAAAUGCACUUGCAUCUGAAGAAAAAGAAACUAUGGAAACGGAAAAUGUAGAGGAUGAUGCAAGUGAUGAAAAUAUUGAUUUGAUACGUUUAGAAGCUAAUGAUACUUGUGAUAAAAUGAACGCUGCUGAUAUUACCGAUGAAGCUGAUAAGGAAGAAUUAAGUACUAAUAACGCAAAUGAUAAUUUGAACACUAGUGAUGUGACAAGUAUGGACGUUGACGCAAAUAUGACCGCUAGCGAUAAAGAAAAAACUGAAAUAAAUUCUAUAACACCUGUUAGUGCUACUGAAAUCACUGAAUCAAACGUUGAAACAAAUUUACCCAAUGAACAGAACGUUUCUCAACUUGAGGAUGACAAGAACACCGAUGAUGUAAUCGUUAAUUUAGAUGAUGAUAAAGACAAAAAUACUGAACCUGAACCUAAAAAGGUUGAAGCUGAGACCACUUUAAUAAAAGUAGAUGAUGACGAACCUAUCUUAAACCGCGAUGAUCUAACUGAAGUAACAGAUAAUUUAGAAAAAACAUCAAGUGAAGAACAAAUGUCAGUUGGUGACAUCAUUGAUUUAGAUGAGCCAAAGGAGUCGCAGGACUCUAAAUCAUCAGACGAAAAAAGUAAGAACGAAAAAGACAAUACCAAUAACACGGCAAGUGAAAACGAUAAACCAAUAGAACCGAUUUUGAAAUUGUCAAAUACAUUAGACAUUUUAUCUGAUGAUGACGAGGAGCAGGCGCCCAAAAAUUCAAACACGGAUAAUAGUGAUAACAAAUGCAUCAACAUUGAAGAUGAUGAUGAUAUCAUGCUAAUAGAUGACGAUACCAGUGGUAAUGAAAGCAAGAUUGAAUCUACUAAAGAGCAAGAAGUUGAAAAGCAGAUAGAGUCAAAACCUGCAAGUCCGGCUGACAGCGAAAAAGUUACUAACGAUAGCAAAAUUAUAGAAAAAGUAGAAGAUGAUGUUGUUGAAAAAGAUGCUCCAGCCCCAGAUAAAGAAGUCAUAGUAACGACAACGUCACCAGACAUCAGUGAAAAAACCGAACAAAAUAAGUUCGAUAAGUUCGAUGCUGAAAUAAAGAAACCGCUGAUUCCUGAAAAUUUCCUUAAAACAUGUAAAAAGAAUUUAGUAGACAUGACAAGGGACGAGCUAGAAGAAUUCUGCGUUCUAAAAAUAGUCGAAAGCAUCUUGGACAGAAGCAAUUUGAGUGAGAUCAAAAACAAACUUAAAACUUUAACGCAGAAUAUAGAGGAGUACAAGAAAAAAGCAAUGAUGCUUCAGAAACAGAACAGAGAUCUCCAAGUGGUGUUCAAGUCUGUACAGGAAGACGUAAAGAAAGCGAGUGACGCGCCAAUAGUUCCGUUGAAAAUAACGCGAUCUGUUGGCAUGCAGGUCCUAAUGUCAGAUAAAACUGAUAAAAGAAGGAGGGCUGGAAUCGGCAUGCCUAAUAAUAAUAAUUUUGUUAACAAUAAUAACAAACAGGUACGGAACCCUGUGGCGCAAGGCCCGCGACCACAAAAGCCCCCUACGCAGCCCAUUCCAGUCCCUCGACUCGUCCCAGCAAGUCCAGCUAAAAGUACUCCUCAACAACAGGUCAACACAAACAAAGUCACAAGUCCACUUCCCAAUGGGGUCAAGAGUGUGUCGCCCGUACAGAAAGGCGAGAAGCGGACACACAAUAGAAUGCAAUCCGUAACUGUAGAUCUCACGGACGAUGAGCCUCCGACGAAGAUGGUGAACCGGACGGGACCAAUGCCGCCCGUCAGACUUGUCCCUUCGCAAAACCUUCUAGCUGCCCCAAGGACCCCAAGCGUGAACAGCCCUAGAAAAGUAUACAUACCUAUUAGCGGACCUCAAGGUCAGAACGUCAGGCCUGGCCAGACGAUCAUGCUAAAAACUGUUCCAACUCCCGGGCCAAGACAAAGAACUGCUCCUGCUCAUAUGGUCAGGAUGCCGCACGGAACGAUGCGGAUGACUCGACCACAAGGUAUAAGGCAUCCAGCCCCGCUGCCUGAAUGUAUGAAACAGUACCAACCACCCAACUGGAAGGCGUUGCCACCAGCGCCCGACCUGAAGCUUGCUAAAGUAGAAAACGGCAUUGUAAUAUCUUGGAAAAUAGAAGGAUACCAAGAAGACAGUUAUGAAGAAAUAGCCAGUUACCAAUUGUAUGCCUACCAAGAAACGACCUCGCCACCUAGCACAGCUUUGUGGAAAAAAAUAGGGGAUGUAAAGGCCCUGCCGUUGCCAAUGGCUUGCACUUUGACACAGUUCAUGGCAGGAUAUAAAUACUACUUUGCCGUGAGAGCGGUCGAUAUUAGAUCCCGCCUUGGACCAUUCAGUUUGCCUGGAAGCAUUCUUCUUUUAAAUAAAAUGUAAGACUGAUCCAUUAUUUUUAUUCUGGUGCUGCAAGCAGUGAAUUAAUAUGCCAAGUGAUUUGUUGACUGAUAUUGUUCGUAUUAUUUAUUUUAUUCAAAAGUGUACAGUGCGGUGUAGCGCCGUUUUUAAAUAAGAUUUGUGUAAGUUCUAGUUCUUAGGUUUCUCUAGAAAUAGCCAGCAUCGAGUAUAUGCUGUUGAUCUCUUGGUUAUACUGAUAUAAUAAUUCAAAUGAUAAUGUGCUUAGAUAGAUAAUAUUUGUAAGAAGUUUUACGUCAUCUGACUAUAAACUUUUCACUAGACACGUUUUGUAAUACGUUGUAUAU